AAGUUUUCAGUUCAGUUGAAGGGAAGGAAGACGUUUUCCACUUGUCUAGAAGGCAGUGCCAAAUAAUGCACAAAUUUUGUGCGUCGUAAACUGGAUUAUUUCCAAACGUUAUAUUUGGAUUCAGUAAUUUGUUACGUUUAGUCGUUCUCAUAAAUUUAUGAGACUUCAAUUCUGCACCAGGAAGUUUAUCUGUUUGAGAAAGACAUGACUACAGCAAAAUUUACAACAGUCUUUGACUGGGAUACAAUCCAAAGUGCUGAUUCAACUGAGUGGUGUCCACUAGCUCCAAAUCAAAAUGUAUUUGUUUGUGGUACUUACCAAAUAGAGAAGAAAGAGGGGGAGGGCAAUGAUCCCUCAUCCCCACCAACGCAUCGCCUUGGCAGAAUUUAUGUUUUUGAAGUAUCUGAUACACUUGCUCUGAAGCCGCAUCAAGUCUUGGACCUUCCUGCUGUUCUUGACUUGAAGUGGUCACUCCAGAAAAUCUGUGGAAAAACCCUCCUGGGUGUUGUAACAGCCACUGCUGCAUUGUUAAUACUGGAAUUGCAAGAAGACAAACAGCUUGUAAAACUCUUUGAAACUGAGGUGAAAGGUCCUAAUGAUAUCAAAGAAACACUGGCUCUUUCUUUGGAUUGGUCUUGUGGUAGAUCUUCAGUUGAUGCCUUUGGGGAUAAUCAAGUUUAUAUUACUGUUAGUGACUCUCAGGGUGGAGCAAAUCUGUUUAAAAUUUCUGAAAAUAUGGAUUUGACUUUAUUGAAAAGGUGGCAAGGACAUGAAUAUGAAGCAUGGAUUUGUGCAUUUAAUUAUUGGGAACCAUCAGUGGUGUUUUCUGGUGGUGAUGAUUGUGUACUGAAAGGGUGGGACAUCAGAACAGGUCUGGACACUCCUAUCUUUUUAAAUCGCUCACACAAUGCGGGAGUCACAAGUCUUCAGAGUAAUGCGUUAUUUGAAAACAUAUUGGUGUCUGGAAGUUAUGAUGAGCAGCUACGGAUGUGGGAUACUCGAAAAAUGAAGAAUCCUCUUCAUUUGCUCAAUUUAUCAGGUGGAGUGUGGCGUGUAAAGUGGGAUCCUUUCUCUCAUAAUUCGAUUUUAGCUGCAUGCAUGCAUGGAGGUUUCCAUGUGGUCAAAUGCAAGGACACCCUUAAUAGUUCAGGUGAACCAACAAUCUUAGCUUCCUAUAAUAAUCAUGCUAGUAUUGCCUAUGGUGCUGACUGGUGUCAUCUUGACUCGCCAUCUGUGAAGAUGUUGUUUGCUAGUGAUGAAGGUGCUCUGCAACCAACUUUGGAAUAUGAUCAUAACUUAACCCUGGUCUCUACUUGUUCCUUUUAUGAUCAUAAACUUUGUGUUUCUGUGUUGUCUGAAAAACAAACCUAAAUUAGGAUCUUUCUUUAUUAAUAAAUUUUAAAUAUAUGUGUA